GUCAAGAUGACCGACCAGUUUAAGCUAUACAAGCAUAAAAGUCUCUAAUUCCAAAAGACACCAUAAAUGGAAUCUCUACUGUUUGCACCUGGGACUUUUUUUUUUUAAGUACCAUCUUCAAACCUAUCACCACAACAAAGUCUAAAAGAGCGUUUUCCCUUUACUUUCAAAAUGUAAUCUUCACAAGAGGGAGCUUGGCUGCUAACAAUGGGCACUUGGUAAUAAUUAUUAAACGAGUGAAUUAAUAUCUCCAGAAAACGUUGUGUGUAGUAUAGGCACAGACUUGGGGCUUCAACAUCACCACUGCAAAGUGCUCUGGAGGCCUUAGUUUUUCCUGAAUUGAAGAAGUUCGGGGUUUUUCUUGUUUGUCAAAUAUAUGCCCCAGUGAUAUUUAAUGUUUGAUUUCUAGUAGUUCUCAUUGCUUUUUAAACAUUUAACUGAAUUACCAUGAUGAUUAUGGUGGUGUUUGAUGCCUGGUACAAAUAUGUGAGCCCAAAGGGGUGAAAAGAGCAAAGAGUGGGUAUUUUAAGCGAGUCCGCGUUGCUUCAGUUGGGUAAAACUGAGCUGAUGUGGCACAGUGCUUGUUGACUUGCAGCCCGUUGCUGGUGAACAUAGGGUUUAGGGAGGAUAGGUUGUGGUUGCGCUACUGCAAGAAUCCGAGUUACAGAGAAACAGGAAGCUUCAGGAUUAAUGCUCAUUUUGUUUCCACAGGCUGGUUUCUCAAGAGGAAAAGUGCUGUGUUAAAUAAAAUUAUUCUUUUUACACUAGUGUUUCUUGUGUACACCGUUUCAGAAAUUGUUUUUCCAAAAGGUGAAGAAUAACAUUAUGGGGGGAGGGGUAGUGCGACGAGGAGAGGAGGUAGCGGAGAGCUAAGGCUGCCAUAAGCGUAUUUCUCAUUUUUCACAGAUCAGCCCUUAUUUCAGGUUGAGUGACCGAAAGUGGAGAGACCUUCGUGUUGCUCUACUCCUGGACUCCAGGCAAUUAGAAAAGUUGGAAGCAUACCUCCCUGGCCUGCAAGAUUCUGACCUUUGUCCCUUUUCGACUCCCCAUUGGCUGAGGCCGCUGGGGCCACGCCUUCUUUUAGGCUGUCCCCGGCAGCCGCAUGGGGGCGGGGCUUUUUGUGACGCAGGCCCUGACGUCCCCCAGGGGUAUAAAAGGCCGGGAGGGGCUGACUGCUCCAGGAGCCGCCUGCAAGGAGGCAAGGAGGAAGCACAUUAGAACUCAGCCGAAAAGGAGAAGUGGAGAUUAUAGACAUCCUGCCAAAAUGUUUUAUUCAAAGCCCAGACUCGUCGUACCUUAUGGCCUCAAGACUCUGCUUGAGGGAGUUAGCAGAGCCGUUCUCAAAACCAAUCCGCCAAACAUCACCCAGUUUGCAGCAGUUUACUUUGAAGAACUUAUUAUGUUUAGAGAAGGAAAUGCUUCUCUGGAUAUAAAAGAUCUGGUUAAACAAUUUCAUCAGAUUAAAGUUGAGCAGUGGUCUGAAGGAACGUCCCAAGAGAGGAAACCAGAACAUGCAAAAGAAUCAAGAGGAUCAUCUAUAGUUUCCCAAGAACCUACACAGAUGGAAAAAUCGACAAACACAGAGGAGGACAGUAUCACUGGAUCACUCUAUAGCAACAAAACCACGCAGUUCCCAUCAGUUUAUGCUGAUCCUGAGGAGAGAGCUAAAGCAGUUCGUGGUCCUUCAAAGUCAUGCAGCCCUGAGAUUCCUACCCCACCCUCAUCACCAUGUCCGGCAGCUGUUUCACCAGAGUUUGCCUAUGUCCCAGCCGACCCAGCUCAGUUUGCUGCUCAGAUGUUAGGUAAAGUUUCAUCUAUUCAUUCUGAUCAGUCUGACGUUUUAAUGGUGGACGUGGCAACGAGUAUGCCCGUCAUUGCCAACGAGGUGCUGAGUUCAGAGGCUGCUGAAGAUAACGCGGUGGCUGCUUCUGUUGUGUGUUCUGGAGAGAGGGUGGCGGUGCAGGGGGCGAGCCACUCCUCUGUCCUUGUAGGUUUGGGCUCUCCACCUAAAGACAGUAAGGCUGAACUAUCAACGGCUUCCUCACCCCCCUUGCAGGAUGAACAAGAACCUCCUGCUUGUGAUGCAGCUCCUACGGCCCCUUUGCAGGCUGGUCCUGGGGUUACAUCCACCAUUCACAUGUCAUCCAUCUAUAAAGAUGAGCCUGUGAUUGAAGGAGUUGUUUAUGUGCAGCCACCACCAGAACAAAUAGCUUUCCCUGCUCGCGCUGCUAGUCUCGGAGAGACUGAGCUGUCACCGUCAGGUAGUCCCACUCUUGUAAACAGGACAGCCUCAGGCGUGUCUGAAAAGUCUGUAGGUUCUGCAAAAUUUGCACAGUUGGAGGAUGCAAAAUACCCCUCAGUACAUAUGGAGGCAGAAGCAACCAUUAUGAUCUCUGAAACCUCUUUGAAAGGUCUGCUUGCGCAAUCCAUGGAUGUAGAGGGCUCUACCAAAGCAGUGGGCUCUGAAAAAUCUCUGCACCUUGAAGUGGAGAUCAUUGCGCUAGUCCCUGGGCAGGUGGAAAACCCUGAAUCCCAGGAGACGGAGCCCAAAGCUGAGGUCUCUGGGGAAGCUGUACAAGCUGUGCAGUCAGGUGCAUCCGUAAGAUCAUCUAGUGGCCCCCCCCAGCCUGUGCCAGAAGGGCUUACUGAACCAGAAAUCGAACCAGAGUGGGAAGCAGCACCUGAACAAGGUUUGAUGGAACCAGCAAUAGCAACAAGCGAAGCAGGACAACCACCACCAUAUUCUAACAUGUGGACCCUUUACUGUCUAACUGAUAUGAAUCAACAAAGUCGCCCAUUACCGCCACCUGCACCUGGGCCUUUCCCCCAAGCAACCCUCUAUUUAUCUAAUCCUAAGGAUCUACAGAAUGCACCGAAAGUCACUUCUCCAACGUAUGUGAUGAUGGACGACAGCAAGAAGACCAGUGCCCCACCUUUUAUUUUAGUAGGCUCAAAUGUCCAGGAAGCACAGGACUGGAAACCUCCUCCUGGACCCGCUGCCCCCCAGUCAGACACCUUGAAGAGAUACGCUGCAGUCCAAGUGCCUAUUGCUGUUCCUGCAGAUCAGAAAUUCCAGAAACACCUCCCAGCCCCCCAGAAUGUCAGUCCGCCCACAAGUGGACAGGAUGGCCCCCGGCCACAAAGCCCAGUUUUUUUCUCUGUUGCUUUCCCAGUAGAAGAAGUAGCCAAAAAAGGUUCAGGAUCUGGUGACAAACGUACUCCCUUUGGAAGUUACGGUAUUGCUGGAGAAAUAACCGUGACUUCUGCCAGUGUUCGCAGAGCAGAAACUUAAACUGGCAGGACUUAAAGCCAGUGCUGCUCCCUCCUCCCCACGUGUACAAACCGUGAGGCCUGUGCCUUAGUGGAGGAGAGGACCACACAGUGAGUCACGAUGCAUCUGCACCUUGGUUAGAAACGCGGUGCGGAAACAGGCCGCCUGCAGCAGGCUCAGACGUGAACUGGUUCCUCAGUGCCAGGGGCCGGCCUUGCAAAGAGCCCGGGACAGAGCGUGGGAGCUGGAGACUUGGCGGGCAGGGUGAGAUGAGGGGGAGGGUCGAUAAGAGGAAGCUGGAGACCGGAAGACGCGCAGAUCCUGCUCGCUGCUUUGUGGGAAAAGGUUACAAAUCAGGAGGUCAUUAGAAGCAGGGAGAUGAGUUCAGAGUAUAUAAUACUGGUGUAUAACUAUACACCAGUCAGUUCACUUAAAAUAAUCUGGGACUUGCAAGCUGAACAUCCGAGAAGAGCUAGAUUUCAUUCACAGGUUAAGUAGUUAUAUUUAAGGUGCUAGCUCUCAGUUAUCAAAAUAUGCUGAGGCUAUUUGUUAUCCCCUUUUUAGACUUUAGGGGACUUGUCCAAAUGGCUGUUUUCAGCAUGAACUGCUAGGAUACUUUCAUGCAAAUGCACAGGUAACUGAUUAGGUUAAGAGCUUAGUAACAGAGCAGGAGGGCAAACCUUGCAUUUCUGAUCUACUCAUUUCACAUGCUCAGUUCCACAAAUAAUUCACCACUUACAUUAUUUCUAACAGAUGCUGGAAAUGAGGCUGCCUGAGUCAACUUUUAAGAUCAAGUCUGCCACCAAGCAUAAUGGAUCAAUAAACUGCAUGCAAGCAAAGAACCUUGUAUUCUUGCUUGUUUUGUAAUUUGGGAGGAAUACAAACCACACAACCCUUGAUUUUUUUUUCAGACUUGUGACAUCAUAGUAUUUUCCAACUUAUGUACACAUUGUUCAAAAACCAUGAUUCUCUAGCUUUUCUAGCCAGGCAUUCCCACCACAGGAAGAGCAGCGCCUUGCUAUGACACUCUAUUUCCCCAGAGUGCUUACUAGGUAAGCGCCGACUGCCUGCCACCACUCUGCCUGCUGGCCAGCAGAUUCCGGCCCCAGGGAGGGGCUGCACGGCCGCGCUGCUCUGUGAGGACGUUAUUGAUAACUUAGGAUGGUGUGAAGCGGCAACGUUAGCACAUCUGAAAG